UCCGCGACGCCGGCGUCAGCGCCCCUGAAGAGGAGGGCAAAGACUCCAUCCGCCAUGUUGGAUGCCGCAGAUUCGCCAUAACCGCGCCGGCUCUUUUCUUAAAAAAAUAAAAAUAAAAAGCGAAGCAUCAGUGAGUCGCCCCGCCUUCUCGGUCGGCGCGGGAGGGGGCCCGGAAGGGCCCGAGGCUUUUUUUUCCUCCGCGGUGGGGGCGUUGCCAUGGAGACGCGGGCGGCAGAAAACACAGCCAUCUUCAUGUGCAAAUGUUGUAACCUUUUCUCACCAAGUCAGUCGGAGCUCCUCUCCCACGUUUCUGAGAAGCACACCGAAGAAGGAGUUAAUGUGGAUGAGAUCGUCAUUCCCCUCAGGCCUCUGAGCACCCCUGAACCCACCAACCCAGGCAGAAGCGGAGAUGAGUUUUCGGUCAUGAAGAGGAAGAGAGGCAGGCCCAAGGGGUCCACCAAGAAGCCCAGCCCCGAAGAGGAACUGGCGGAGAACAUCGUCAUGCCGAGCGAGGGCAGUCCGCGGGCCCCGGAGGAAGGCAGGAGCCUGACGCCGAGCAGCCUGGAGUGUGGCAAGUGCGGCCGCAAGUUCUCCAACACGCGCCAGCUGAGGAAGCACGUCUGCAUCGUGGUGCUGAGCUUGGGCGAGGAGGAAGGGGAGGCAGGUAACGAAUCUGACCUGGAACUGGAGAAGAAGUAUAAGGAAGAUGAUCGAGAAAAGGCCCCGAAGAGACCACGGACCCAGAGAGCAGAGAAAGUCCAGAAGGUCUCUUCAGGAAAGGAGGCUGCGCAGAUCUCCGGGGCCAAGAAACCCAUCAUCAGCGUGGUUUUAACUGCACACGAAGCUAUUCCAGGUGCUACCAAGAUUGUUCCAGUGGAGGCCGGGCCCCCGGAAACUGGAGCCGCAGACCCUGAGGCCACGGCAGCCGACCUCGCACCUCGCAGAGGGUACCAGGAGUAUGCCAUCCAGCAGACACCCUACGAGCAGCCCAUGAAGUCCAGCAGGCUAGGGCCCACCCAGCUCAAGAUCUUCACUUGUGAGUACUGCAACAAGGUCUUCAAGUUCAAGCACUCGCUGCAGGCGCACCUGAGGAUCCACACCAACGAGAAGCCCUACAAGUGCUCCCAGUGCAGCUAUGCCAGCGCCAUCAAGGCCAACCUCAACGUGCACCUGCGCAAGCACACGGGCGAGAAGUUCGCCUGCGACUACUGCUCCUUCACCUGCCUGAGCAAAGGCCACCUGAAGGUGCACAUCGAGCGCGUGCACAAGAAAAUCAAGCAGCACUGCCGCUUCUGCAAGAAGAAGUACUCGGACGUCAAGAACCUCAUCAAGCACAUCCGCGGUGCGCACGACCCGCAGGACGGGAAGGUCAAGGAGGCCCUGGACGAGCUGUGCCUGAUGACCAGGGAGGGCAAGCGGCAGCUGCUCUACGACUGCCACGUCUGCGAGCGCAAGUUCAAGAACGAGCUGGACCGCGACCGCCACAUGCUGGUCCACGGUGACAAGUGGCCCUUCGCCUGCGAGCUCUGUGGCCACGGGGCCACCAAGUACCAGGCGCUGGAGCUGCACGUCAGGAAACACCCGUUCGUCUACGUGUGCGCCAUCUGCCUCAAGAAGUUCGUCAGCUCCAUCCGGCUGCGCUCGCACAUCAAGGAGGCGCACGGGGCAGCGCAGGAGACCUUGGUCUUCACCAGCUCCAUCAACCAGAGCUUCUGCCUCCUGGAGCCUGGCGGGGACAUCCAGCAGGAGGCCCUUGGGGGGCAGCUGCAGCUGGCAGAAGAGGAGUUUGUGUUCCAGGGGGUGAACGCAUCUAAGGAGGCGGCCUGCCCUGGGGACGCUCGGGCCGGGGAGGGGCGGGGGACGCCGGAGACCCCCGUGGAAGUGCCUGCCCCGCCGGUGCGCUCGGCCGCCGCCCAGCUCCCCUGUGAGCUGGCCGCCUCCGAGGGGGCCUCGGACCUUCAUCCGCAGUCGGAGGCUUCGGAUGAGUUCUUGUUGAAAAACGAUGCCUCUUCCGCGGAGGCUCCGGCGAAGACCUGGGACGCCCAGCAGGGAGGCUCCGCCCCGCCCCAGGGCGAGGACGUCACACCGCUGCUGCCCAAGGCCAAAGGUGAAGCAGACCCAGAGGCCCAGGGUGCUGAGAGCCCCCCGGCCGAAGGACAGAAAGUGGCUGCCCUCCCAUCCGCUGGCCCAGAUCCCAGCCGGUGUCUCAGGUCGAACCCAGCGGAGGCCUCAGACCUUCCCCUGGGCGCUGGAGGGCGGGACGCGGCCCUGUGCCAGCCUGACUCCUGCGCGCCUGCCCCCGAGCACCGGGCCGGCAUCACUGCGUUCAUGAGGAUCCUGGACAGUUUACAGAAGCGGCGCAUGAACCCCGGCCUGUGCGAGAGGAUCCGGAAGGUGUAUGGAGACCUGGAGUGUGAAUACUGUGGCAAACUUUUUUGGUACCAAGUGCAUUUUGACAUGCAUGUCCGCACCCACACCCGGGAACAUCUGUAUUAUUGCUCCCAGUGUCAUUAUUCCUCCAUCACCAAAAACUGCCUUAAACGCCAUGUAAUUCAGAAACACAGUAACAUCUUGCUGAAGUGUCCCACUGACGGCUGUGACUACUCGACUCCAGAUAAAUAUAAGCUGCAGGCACAUCUUAAAGUUCACACAGAGCUGGACAAAAGGAGUUAUUCUUGUCCUGUGUGUGAAAAGUCUUUUUCAGAAGAUCGACUGAUAAAGUCACAUAUCAAGACCAACCAUCCCGUUGGAUUGUUUGGAUCGGGUUGUUAUGUCACCGCAGUUUCUGGUGUUACAUGGGACAGCCCACCCCCCGCUCUCUUCCCCAGGAGGCUGAUCUGUUGGGAAGUUGGGGCUCUUCCUGCAGAGGUUUCCAUGAGCACCAUUUCCGAGGUUCUCGGGAGGAGGGUCCAGCUGAAAGGGCUGAUUGGGAAGCGAGCCAUGAAGUGCCCGUAUUGUGAUUUCUAUUUCAUGAAGAAUGGCUCAGACCUUCAGCGUCACAUCUGGGCUCAUGAAGGGGUGAAGCCCUUCAAAUGUUCUUUGUGUGAGUAUGCGACUCGUAGCAAGAGUAACCUCAAGGCUCAUAUGAAUCGUCACAGCACCGAGAAGACCCACCUAUGUGACAUGUGUGGCAAGAAAUUCAAAUCAAAAGGGACGCUGAAAAGUCACAAGCUCCUUCACACUGCUGACGGGAAGCAGUUUAAAUGCACCGUAUGUGACUACACGGCAGCCCAGAAGCCACAGCUGCUGCGGCACAUGGAGCAGCACGCCUCCUUCAAGCCCUUCCGCUGCGCCCACUGCCACUACUCCUGCAACAUCUCAGGCUCCCUGAAGCGGCACUACAACCGGAAGCACCCCAGUGAGGAGUACACCAACGUGGGCACCGGGGAGCUGGCGGCCGACGCGCUCAUCCAGCAAGGUGGUUUGAAGUGUCCCGUGUGCAGCUUCGUAUACGGCACCAAGUGGGAGUUCAACAGGCACUUGAAGAACAAGCAUGGCCUGAAGCUGGUGGAGAACGAAGGAGAUCCCAAGUGGGAGCCAGCAACCGAGACUCCCGAGGAACCCUCCACGCAGUACCUGCACAUCACGGAGGCGGAGGAGGACGUUCAGGGCACGCAGGCGGCUGUGGCGGCGCUCCAGGACCUGAGAUACACCUCAGAGAGUGGUGACCGGCUUGACCCCACAGCCGUGAACUUCCUCCAGCAGAUCAUCGAGCUGGGCACCGAGACCCACGAUGCCACCGCCGUUGCCUCGGUGGUUGCCAUGGCGCCAGGGACGGUGACCGUCGUGAAACAGGUCACCGACGAGGAGCCCAGCUCCAACCACACGGUCAUGAUCCAGGAGACCCUCCAGCAGGCCUCCGUGGGGCUGGCCGAGCAGCAUCACCUGGUGGUGUCGUCCGACGACGUGGAGGGCAUCGAGACGGUAACGGUCUACACACAGGGCGGGGAGGCCUCGGAGUUCAUCGUCUACGUGCAGGAGGCCGUGCAGCCCGUGGGGGAGCCGGCCGUGGGGCCGCCAGUCCAGGAGCCGUAGAGGACACGCGGCGGGAGACGAAGCCACAGGUGGGGCUGCCAGGCUCCGCAGGGCAGCCGGGACACCCAGGGCGGGGAGGCCACCGAGCGGUGCUCUCCGUGGUGCUCUCCUCUGCGCGCCCCACCCCGGCUGCCGGAUGGGGCUCUCCUUGUCCUGCUUUGGGUGGGCAAGGCCAUCGGCAUCACCAGCAAUACAGGAUCCCCACCCCCACCAGACACACACCCGCUUCCCCCGUAUCAUCUGCUUCCAGGAAGACUUCUGCAUCAGCUCCCCAGACAUGGCCCACACUGUGUAGCCCUUUUGCCUCACAUUCGAACGGAGGCCCCCAGGUCCCCGACAGCAUCGUCCCUGAAUCACGGCCCCAGCUCCCUGACCCCCAUCUAGGUGCCGAACCUUCGUCUGGGACUGCCCUGCAGCCCGGUGCACGGGAGACAGCCAUCAGAGAAAGUGACCUUACGGUUCUGAAUCACCGAUGAGAGAAAAGAGGGGAGGGGUUAGCUACAGAGGUCUCCCCCUCAGGCAUCAGAGGCACUUGUCCAGGAUCAUGUGAAGUAACCACGACUUGAUGAUCUGCCCACUCCCAUCACAGGUGGGGGCUCGGCUUACUGUCUUGGAAUUCUUUUGCUUUUUAAAUAAAUGCACUUUUUACUGUUCACCUCCCACUCUAAGGCGGCGAGGUGGGUAGAAUAAAAACACUCUCUGCCUGAGUA